GGAGCGUGAGUCACGGUGUAAAGGUCAGGAGCCGGCAGUGUUUGCAAGGCUGGCGGGUGCGGAAGUGGCGCCGUCCCCGUCGGCGCAGGCACUCACAGCUAGCAGCCACUGUGUUCCCGAGGGCGCUGCGAUGGAGCCACGCGCGUGAAGGAGCCAGAGCGAUGGAAACUGUCGUCAUCGUGGCCAUCGGGGUGCUGGCCACCAUCUUCCUGGCCUCCUUCGUGGCGCUGGUCGUGGUUUGCCGGCAGCGCUACUGCCGGCCCAAGGACCUGCUGCACCACUACGACACCAAGCCCAUCGUGGAUCUCAUCGGGGCCAUGGAGACGCAGUCAGAGCCCUCUGAGCUGGAGCUGGAUGACGUGGUGAUCACCAACCCCCACAUCGAGGCCAUCCUGGAGAACGAGGACUGGAUUGAAGACGCCUCGGGCCUGGUUUCACACUGCAUCGCCAUCCUGAAGAUCUGCCACACGCUGACCGAGAAGCUGGUGGCCAUGACCAUGGGCUCAGGGGCCCGUGUGAAAUCACCCGCCAGCCUCAGCGAUAUCAUCGUGGUGGCCAAGCGCAUCAGCCCCAGGGUGGAUGAUGUGGUGAGAUCCAUGUACCCGCCACUGGAUCCCAAACUGCUGGAUGCGAGGUAACGGGCCGUGGAGGGGAUUGGUGGGGC